AUGGAAGACUGGAAGAAGAAGAAGGUCUUGGACAUGAAUGAGGCAUCGCUGUUCAGUAAGAAUGAGUCCUCGUGGUACAUGGGUGUUAAUAUCCCGGGCAAGAAGACGGAGCAGCUCAACUAUCUCGGCGAUAUUCCGGAAUACAUAAAGGCCUGCAAAGAGGGUACGAGUGACUGGGAAAAUUUUGAGAUAGUUAAGGGUAAUGCAGCCAAGAAGAAGUUGGUGGAGGAAAUGGAGGAAAUAGAUAUGCAACGAUAG